UAUGAUAAAGCGGCCAACUUGGGGCGGCCCAGAUGAUUAAUAGCUUGCGCAAGGGGGCGGCCAUGGCCAGCAACCAAUUCUGAUUCCCCUACCAGCAUGAAACGCAAGUGAAAAAAUCGCAACAAAAACAAAAAAAAAAGCACUCAAGCGAAGGAGGUUUUCCUACACCAGCAACUCCAUGGCUGACCAAUCGUCUAAGGCCAAGUUAUUGAGCGUGAAAGAAAAAUAUGGACGAGAGAUCCGCGUAUUUGAGACAAUGCCACCAUCUUCAUCAACAGAGGAAUUACCCAACGCUGGAGAAGAGCCAGAUGGUUUUUAUGAAUUUACAGCGGAAGACUAUUAUCGAGUGUUAGCAACCAAAAAGGAUGAUAAAUAUUUAAAAACACGAAAGUUGAGAGAGGCAGAAGAGGCAGCUCGCAGGUCAAAGAUAACGAAGGUCAGUGUACGAGUUCGCUUUCCUGAUAACCACACUUUAGAGGCAACGUUCCAUCCAUCUGAAAGAAUGCAGACCUUAGUUGAUCUUCUUACCAAAGUAGUUGCUCAACCGGAACUACCAUUUUAUAUCUAUACCACGCCUCCCAAGAAACAGAUAAAAGACUUGAUGCAGGAUUUUUAUUCUGCUGGGUUUGUUCCUGGUGCAAUCGUCUACUUUUCGUACGAUCUACCUGAAGGUGAAUCAGUUGGUUCGGUCUCUUACCUUAACGAAGAUGCCAUGUUGUUAAAAGAUCUUGAAAUCGUGAGCGAAGAAGAGGAAUCUACUUCAGCUGUUGCAGAGCCUGAAACAGCAGCCUCUCCUCCUGCCCCUACUCCUGUUGUGAAAGAAACCAAGCCUACUGAUAAGAAAGCUAUCAAACCCAAGUGGUUGAAAAUGUAAAGGCUACUGCUCAUAAACUCUACUGCAAACCAGCUUUGAUGGCACUGGUAGAGAAGCCAGUUCCAGCCCUGAGUCAAGAUGAGAGUGGACAGAGAAAUCCUUCAGAAAUUGUGUUUGGUUGAAAGAAGUUGUAAGGUGAUAAAGUUGAAGAGUUGGUUUUUUCUUUUCUUAUUCUUGUCUGUUUGUUUGAACUUGUUAAUACCCUGUUAUAUUCCCUUCUUCAAUGAUGAUAAUGGUUUUACUUCAACCUUUAUUCAUUUU